UGCAGAACUUGGAGGAGGCAUUACGCUAAUCUAUCGAGUAGGGGUAACCAGGAAGCCAGAAUGAAGCACUCACUUGGAUUGUGCUUGGUGGUCUGUUUUGCGAUACUUGAUUUGGGCUCUGGACUUCGGUGCUUUAAGUGUUCUGAUUACACAGGGCGCUGUGAAAAUGUUCAAGAUUGCACUUUGAUGAAGACUCAUGUUAUCUCUGAGUGAGAAAGGUGUGGGAAGACGAUUCGGCGGUGUAUCAGAUACACAGACUGCGACAAUUCUCGUCUGUCCCAGAUGUUCCCUUCAGUCAUCGGGUUUACAUACCGAUGUUGCAGCAGUAACCUGUGUAACAGUAGUACCACAAUUGCCACAAGAGAGCCAGCUUUAGCUUUGUUGGGGUCACUUUUGAUCUUCUGGUGGUCUUCCCUUUGAGCACUGACUGCCAGGCAUAGCUAUUGCAGCGCAGUUAGAGAUGGAGAUUGCAUGUGGUCAGUGAUCUGAUUUGAUGUCGUUACUGUCAAGAGUUACAUUUGUUUAAACUGCAAAAGAGCGAUGUGAUACUUAGCAUCAGAAUGCCGUUCACUAACCUACAGGAAAACACAAAUCAGGAAGUGUGUCAACAGACCCUUGUUUUUGGUGAACAAUGUUGGAGGCCAUUAGUUUCAGAUUCAGAAGCAUCAGGCAAAGACAACCUCAUUCAUAAUGAAUAACCCAAAACAUUGUCGCAUUACCCAUGUGUAGAGAUAAUGUAGUCAGACUGAGGGUUUUCUCCCACUUUACAUGUACAUAACCACAGACACAUUUGACCAUGAUGGGUUAAUAAACUUUACUGGGAAGGCAGAACAGUCGUAUAGGCUGCACAGAUGGGAUAUCCUAUUGUAGAUGUCCACAAAUCCACCGACUCAACCAAAUUGUGUCUUUCAAGUGUAAUAUAUACUUUAAGAAAUAUUUUACAAUGUUGUGAUUUAACAUUACAAACCAUGUUAGUUGUAAAUUGUCAUUCAGCUGGAUGCUUGUAAGACUAACCUCAACCAAUAAAAUGGCAGUAUAUUAAGUUGACUCUUCA